AUGAAUAUCUCUUUCUCCCUUUUCACAAAAGAAACUGGAAAUCUCUCACAAAGGAUAUUGUACAAUAAAAUAUCAAGUCUCCAAAAUUCUAACUUCUCCCCAUUGAGGAAAACUCUCUUUGUUAUCCAUGGAUAUACAAGCACUGGAAAAUAUGGCUGGGUUGUGGAGCUGUGUUUGCUUCUGGUGGAUGUGGAAGACAUUAACUGUUUUGCUGUUGACUGGGAAGAUGGAGCUAAAUGCACAUAUUUCAUUGCUGGCAGCAAUAUCCGUGUCCUUGGAGCGGUGAUAGCUAAAUUUAUCUUUACUAUGAUGAAAAUCUAUCAGUAUUGUCCUUCCAACGUCCAUCUCAUUGGCCAUAGUCUUGGUGCUCAUACUGCUGGAGAGGCUGGAAGACGACUUCAAUAUGUUGGCAAAAAAUCUCCUGGCAUUGGAAGAAUAAGUGGCUUAGACCCAGCAGCAAUUGGUUUUGAAGGAUUCCCUGAGAUGGUCCGGCUAGAUCCUUCUGAUGCUGGAUUUGUGGAUGUCAUACACAGCAACGGGGCCCGAUUUCCUUUAGGGUUUGGGAUGUUUAAUGCCACUGGUGAUAUGGACUUUUAUCCUAAUGGUGGAAAGCUUAUGGUUGGAUGUAAUGCAAGAGAACAGGAUCAGAAACAGGAAGCUAUUGUUUCUUCUACUCACUUCCAGAAAGCUGGACUGAGUAAGUGUGCUUACUGCAAAUAUAAAAGGAUUAGCUGCAGGCCACUGGUGGGCAACAGUGGAUAUCCUAUCAAAAAUGGGGUGUUGGCAGGUACCAUCACCACUUUCCCAUAUCCAGGAUCUGGUAUAAAUCUAUCUGGAAAUUGCUUUCCAUGUCCCACAGAAGGCUGCCCAGUAAUGGGUCACUAUGCUGAUCAAUCCCAUGAUAAACUGAAGAAAAGCAAUCAAAGCUACUAUCUAAACACCGGAUCUAAGGAGCCCUUCACCAGUUGGCGAUAUAAUAUAUCUGUCAAACUAAAUGGAAUGAAAAAUGUGAAAGGAGAGAUAAAUAUAGUUUUCCACAGUAAAAAUGGAGAUAUGAAGGAAUAUCCAAUUAUGAGGGGCAGCCUUAAGCAAGAACAAAUCUAUUCAAAGCUCACAGAUGUAGAAAUUAAUCCAGAAAAUGCUUCAAGAAUUGAGUUUGUUUGGCACAAGCAAUUCUUUACUUUCUUUUGGGCUCAACUAGGAGCAGAAAAAAUAAAUCUUACCCGUGGGCAGGAUGGGCGUACGUAA